UUUUCGGUUUUAGUGGUCUUGUUUGCCAAACCGGUCCCCCGACAAGCGCGCUGGCGCCCCUGCCGCAGAUUGGCCAUGGCCUCGAACAGCUCCCCCGUAUCAUGCCCUGUGCCAUUCAUCGCGGAGCUUUCUAUUGGCGACACCGGCGGCUAUCUUGCAGGCCGCUGGUGCGAGCCUCAGCUCGUCGGCAACGAGACGGUUUCGUGCUGUUUCCCGUGUCCAUUUACAGACUGGCAGUAUUCAGACGGCCUCGGCAAUGAAAUGGUCCCUUGGCUGGCGCUGAUCGUGCUGGUUUUCGUUGUCAUCGGUGCGUUGACGUACAUUCUUCUCCCAGCUGAGGAUACCCGACGACAUUAUCUAGUGAUAAGCCCAUUGAUGGGGUUUGUCUUCAUGCCGCUCGCAUUCAUCAUCCCCCUUGGGGGCACUGCUCGCCAAUGCCACGACGCAAUCACACCAAAUUACUGGCUCUCUGACAUGACCUGCGCAUGGACGGGGUCAUUAAUACUAUACGGUGCUUGGGUGCUUGUCAUCGGGUGCUUCUUCCGCUCCCUCGCCCUGUACGUCCGGCUAAUAUGGGAUGUCGAGCCCGGUACUGUGUUCCGGUGGAUCUCCAUUAUCACCAUCUUCGGCGGCGCCGCCGGCAUGCUCGGCAUCGCGCUCGGCGUGUCUGGCGUCUCGUACCAGGUUGGAGAUAUGUGCUAUAUAAGCUACGACAACAGUAUCGCCUCCUUCUGGGGCCCGCUCAUCGGCGUCGCAUUCAUCUCCUGGCUCAUCACAGUGUACAUUUUCGGAUACACUAUCCGCGGGGUCCUAACCCGAGGCGGGACAGCGCACAUCUACUCAAUCUUCAAGAAACGAGAUGACGGCAGUGAUCCACUUUCCCGCGCUUUACAGAUAAAGAUCAUGGGACGGAGCCUAUGGCUGAUGGUAAAACUCCAGUGGAGGGCGAUUGCUAUCUCUUGUUUGCUUCUGGUAUUUGUGGGCUAUGUAGGCCACGUAAAUAUGCGAUGGGGCAGCUCAGCCGAGUACAGCGAAGAAGAUCUGAUGCCAUGGAUGUCCUGCCUCGUCGCCAAUGACGGGGACAGGCAUGCCUGCAGAGAUGAGGCGAGCGCUAUAGGCCCUGAUAAGAAGACUGGUCUUUCGUCGUCCUGCGGUGUAUUGGGUAUCCUCUGCACAGUCAGGUACACCAUGCUCCUUGCCUGGAUUGACUGGUUCCGCAAACUGUUCGACGUCCUCGCCGGCCUCUUCUUUCGGAGGCGCCAGCCCAACCGCAACAGCAGCUCCAUGACCAUUAAUCCAGGCGAGGGAGUUGAAUCCGACCGUCGUCGCUCUGAUGAUUACGAUAUCGAGCUGGCCUCGACAUCGACAGCGGACGCGCACCCCGAGCUCGCGGCGGCCGUCGACUACUCAACCAGGGCGAAAAAUGCCGAUAAACAGUGUAAAACGUGCGCAUACCAUAUUCCCAAAGAUGGCCUUCAAAAGUCGGGAGAUGGUAUAUAG